AUACCACGACUUUAGAUAGUACUAUCUUUUCUUCUGUGUAACUACUAAAUUACUUAUUAUUGUAAUAUUAUUAUAGACGUCUGGAAUAUUUAGUUAUGAGUAUGGACAGUCUUACAUAAGUUAUGCAGCAUAACUAAAAAGUAUAGAACUACAGUAGCCAGUAACCACUAACUAGUGACUAGUGCCACUAACUACCACAGCUUACAUCUUAUUUUUGACGAUACUUAAAUAUGACAUCAUAUUUGACAAAAAUGGUAAAGUUCAAUAAUGGUCAAUUAUAUCCAAUCUUAGGUUUGGGAACUUGGCAGGCAUCAGCAAUCAUUGAUGAUUCUCAACACACUGCGUUCAUUAAUUCUAUAAAAAGUGCAAUUGACAUAGGCUAUCGUCAUUUUGACUGUGCUGCCAUUUAUAAUAAUGAAAAAUUGUUGGGAAAAGCUAUAAAUGAUAAAAUUUUAGAAGGUGUUAUCAAAAGAGAUGAACUAUUUAUCACUAGUAAGCUUUGGAAUGAUAAGCAUAGAUCUGAGCUGGUAGAAGAAGCAUUGAAGAAUACUUUGAAUGAUUUAUGUUUGAGUUAUGUAGAUUUAUAUCUUAUCCAUUGGCCUUUUGGAACUAGUGAAGAUCCUAAUGCUACUGACAGCGAAGGUCGAUUAUUAAGUUCUGGUGUUUCUUAUUUAGAAACUUGGAAAGCUAUGGAAGGAUGUGUUCAAAAAGGUCUCACAAAAUCGAUUGGAGUGUCGAAUUUCAAUAUUAAACAAUUAAAAGAUAUUUUAGAAAUAGCUACUAUUAAACCAGUUGUUAAUCAGGUUGAGUGUCAUCCUUAUUUAACACAAAAUAAACUGAAGGAGUUCUGUGAAAGUAAUGGUAUACUACUAACUGGUUAUGCGCCAUUAGGAUCAGCAAAAAGAUCAUGGGCAGGACCAGAAGAAGAUGCUAUUUUAGACGAACCUAUUGUAAAACAAAUAGCUGAUAAGUAUAAAAAAACCAAUGCUCAAAUAUUGAUAAAGUUCCAAAUCCAAAGAGGUGUUAUAGUCAUACCAAAGUCAUCCAAUCCAGAGAGGCAGAAAGAAAAUUUUGAUGUCUGGGAUUUUGAGUUAACUACACAAGAUAUGGAUUUACUCGAAUCCUUGAACAAAAAUGCUCGUUAUUUCGAAUUCAAUACUGCAAAACAUUUAAAAGACCACCCAUUCUUUGAUGAAUUUGAAAAGCCUUCUGGGUCAAGUUUUAUGGUUAUUUGCCUAACGUCUAUACCAGGGAUCUAUAAUAUUAAAGUGAAAAUGGUGAAGUUCAACAAUGGCCAACAGUAUCCAAUCUUAGGCUUGGGAACUUGGCAGACCACACCUGAAUUAAAAGAAUCUGAACAGAUUGAGAUUUACAAUGCAGUAAAAAGUGCAAUUGAUAUAGGAUAUCGUCAUUUUGAUUGUGCUGCUUUUUACAAUAAUGAAAAUUCCAUAGGAAAGGCUAUUGCUGAAAAAAUUAAAGAAGGUGUCAUUACAAGGGAAGAAUUAUAUAUUACUAGUAAGCUAUGGAAUAACAAACAUAAACCCAAAGACGUAGAAGUUACAUUGAAGAAUAGUUUAAAAUUGUUGGGUCUAGAUUACCUAGAUUUAUACCUUAUUCAUUGGCCAGUUGCGACUAGUGAACAUCCAAUUUCAAAAGAUAGUGAAGGGCGGUUUAUUGGCACUGAUGAUUCUUAUUUAGACACAUGGAAGGCUAUGGAACAGUGUGUCCAAUUAGGACUCACAAAAUCAAUUGGAAUUUCAAAUUUUAAUAUUAAACAAGUGAAAGAAAUUUUAGAAAUAGCAACUAUAAAACCAGCUGUUAAUCAGGUUGAAAAUCAUCCUUAUUUAACUCAAAAUAAACUUAAAGAGGUUUGCGAGAGUAAUGGGAUUCUGUUAACUGCUUAUGGACCUUUAGGAUCACCGUACAGAGGUACAAACUCAAAAGAAUUAGUACUUUUAGAUGAACCAAUUAUUAAACAAAUAGCCGACAAGUAUAAGAAGACCAAUGCUCAAAUAUUGAUAAGAUUUCAGGUUCAAAGAGGUGUUAUAGUCAUACCAAAAUCAUCUAAUCCUGAAAGACAAAAAGAGAAUUUUGAUGUUUGGGAUUUUGAGAUGAGCAAGGAAGAAAUUGAUUUACUGGAGUCUUUAAACCGAAAUCUGCGUUAUGUUCUUUUCAAACCAGCAAUGCACUUAAAAGACUAUCCAUUUAAUGAGGAACCAUGAAUACUAGUGAUAAAAACAGUUUUUUGAUAAUGUAUUAAUGUGAUAUUUGAAAUAAAAAAUAAAAAAUAAUUAUUGAACCAUAA